UUGUCAAAGCUAAAGUCAACAUCAAACCUGAAUACCUACGGAAUUUAUUUAGUGAAGUGAUUAUCUUGGAUUUUUUGUAGAAGUGGAAUCAUGUUCACGAAUGAAAAGGCUGACUUUGGUUACCAAUUUUCAUAACAUUUUCUCAGUACCUAGUUUUUUCCUUUAUAAUUACUACAAUAAUGACUAUAGUCGAGUAUAUAGAAUCCCUAUCACAAAAUCCUUAUUUCGGAGCUGGAUUCGGUUUAUUUGGCUUAGGCGCCGGUGCAGCUAUAUUACGCAAAGGGUUCCAAACUUCUGUACUUCUAUUUCGAAGACAUUGUAUGAUUACGCUUGAAGUUCCUUGUCGAGACAAGUCAUAUCAGUGGCUAUUACAUUGGAUAACCCAAAAGGGAGCCAAACAAACCCAGCAUCUUAGUGUGGAAACUUCUUUCUUACAAAAGGAUACUGGACAGAUAAAAACUAAAUAUGAUUUCAUCCCCAGUGUUGGACAACAUUUUUUUAGGUAUGCAGGAAGUUGGAUUAAAGUUGAUCGCACUCGUGAACAACACACUCUGGACUUGCACAUGGGUAUUCCUUGGGAAACAGUAACAUUGACAUCUUUUGGACGAGACAAACAAAUUUAUUAUGAUAUACUGGAAGAAGCUAGAACUAUGGCAUUGAAACAACAUGAAGGUAUGACAGUAAUGUACACUGCAAUGGGGUCUGAGUGGCGACCUUUCGGACACCCUCGAAAGCGAAGACCUUUACACAGUGUUGUACUUCGGGCGGGUGUUGGAGAACGUAUCUUAGCGGAUUGUCUAGAUUUUAUCAAUAGUCCUCAAUGGUACACAGACCGGGGAAUACCAUACAGAAGAGGUUAUUUACUGUAUGGUCCUCCAGGCUGUGGCAAAUCAUCUUACAUAAUGGCGUUAGCCGGUGAAUUAGAGUACAACAUAUGUGUUCUCAACCUCUCAGAAAGAGGCCUCACUGAUGACCGGCUGAAUCACCUAUUGAGUGUUGCACCUCAACAAUCAAUUAUACUAUUGGAAGAUAUAGAUGCGGCAUUUGUUUCAAGGGAAGAUACAACAAAACAGAAAGCUGCUUAUGAAGGCCUGAACAGAGUUACAUUCAGUGGACUUCUUAACUGUUUAGAUGGUGUGGCAUCUACAGAAGCAAGAAUCGUGUUCAUGACUACAAAUUACUUGGAAAGGCUAGACCCAGCACUAAUCCGCCCUGGACGUGUGGAUAUGAAAGAAUACGUGGGAUAUUGUGAUCAAGAACAAGUAGAACUCAUGUUUUUAAGAUUUUACAAAGGAGACAAAGCAGCAGACCAUGCCAGAACAUUUGCUAGAAGCGUUCUCGGUAAGAAAAUGGAGGUCAGUCCAGCACAAAUACAAGGUUAUUUCAUGUUCCAUAAGCAUUCACCUCCAGAAGAAGUCUUAACCGAUUAUGAAACCAUAUGGACCCUAGGUUGAUUGAUGUACAUAAAAAAUAUAAAUAAAAUGAGAAUAUAGUAAUGAAAA